UACUACGGCUACCUAGACUUCCUCCGUCCUAUAUUCCUGGAUUUUAUAGUGGCGACGAGACAAUCUGGACCUGCGUUGUUUGCUGUUAAUUAUACAUAGUGGUGCGCGAGCGAACUGAUAACGCGAGUUAUUUUUUCUUAAUGAGUGUGACGGCGGCACCGGAUCGAGCAAUGGCGGUCGGUAAAAUACCGGAAUUUAAAAUGGGAACGGAUAAUUGGAGGCUGUACGUAGAUCGCUUAGAACAAUACUUUUUAGUGAAUAAAAUUGAUGCAUCGUUGUAUGUACCAACGUUAAUUACGGUGAUGGGAGCUGAGUGUUACGAACUUUUAGUGAAUUUGUGCACGCCCGUCAAACCAUCUACCAAAACAUUUACAGAAGUGACGUCAAUAUUAGAAAAACAUUUACAACCUAAGCCAAGUAUUUUAGCCGAACGUUUUAAAUUCAGGCAUAGGAAGCAGAGUGCGAACGAAUCUAUUUCGGAAUAUGUGGCCGUGUUAAAGCAAAUGUCAAAAGACUGUGAAUUUUCAACUUGGUUAGAGGACAGUUUGCGUGACCAGCUGGUUUGUGGACUGCAGAGUGAGACUAUACGCCAACGGUUGUUUACGGAAGAGUCAUUGGACUUUGCGAAAGCGUAUAAAUUGGCGGUUAGUAUGGAGGCGGCGGAAAAAGACUCGGCUCUCGUGGAGGGUCGCGCGGGACCUUCGAGUGGAGCAGGCACAGUGGAGUGCAAGGCGAUGACACCACGCUGGGCAGGAGGCCAGGCGGGACAGCGAGCUGGCCGGGCGGCGACUCGCGCGGGCCGGGGAGGCCGCGCUGGCGCCAGCGGCGGCGGCGGCCGAGGCCGGGGCCCGGCGCGCGGGGCCCAGCAGUGCAGUGCGUGCGGCGGGGCGCACGACAAGGCGGGAUGCCAAUUUGCUCGUUAUGUAUGCCGGGUAUGCAAUAGACAGGGGCAUUUAAAGCGUAUGUGUCCCAAUAUGACGGAGCAAUACGAUGUGCAUGCCAACACCGUCGUGGAUGAGGAAAAUGCGUGCAGUGAAGACAGUGACGAGUUCCAGAUUCUCUGAGGUGUUAGCGGACGGCCUGGGGCGGUUUACCGGCGGCAAGGUCAGCAUCCACCUGCGUGCGGAUGCCCGGCCUGUGUUCCUGCGCGCGCGCCCCCUGGCGUACGCGCUGCGCGAGCCGGUGGAGCGCGCGCUGGAGCA